AUGGUCGGCAAAGCACACAGGCUUGGUGCCCAGGCAAGGGACCAGCUGCUGCCAAAUCUGAGGGCCAUGGGCUAGAAUUAACUGGAAGGUCAGGAUGCCAUCUUCAAGCAAUUCCACUUCAAAGACUUCAAUAGGGCUUUAGGGUUCAUGCCCAGGGUGGCCCUGCAGGCGGAGGAACUGGACCACCAUACUGAAUGGUUUAACAUGUACAACAGGGUACACAUCACACUGAGAACCCAUGAGUGCACAGGCCUCUUGGAGCGGGUCGUAAACCUGGCCAGCUUCACUGAACAAGUGGCAGUGACCAUGGCAAAGGGAAUGCCCCUCUUCAUUCUCAGGGAAGAAGGGGCAGCUGGGGUGUCCUGA